UUAUCUCAUGAUGCGGCUGCACAGCAGUUACCGACCGCAUACGCACGCAUAUCAGUGACAGAUUACACAAAAAUAUAUUGCUCUCUCAAAAAUGGUCCUAUUAGCUGAGAAUUCUUGUUGUAAGGGACAGCGUUAUUGUAUUUUAAAACUGAAAUCCGCUAAUUUGUGAAUGGAGCGUCCCAAAAAAUAUCUCGCAUCCAUAGAUAAGUAAUUACAUAUAUGGGCUACCACAGUCCAGUAACAAGAUUAGCGGUAGGAUUUCCGUUUGCACGUGGUGUUAUGGACGCUUUGGUUAGUCGGAAUAUCGGAUGGCUGUUAUGAUUUGAGAUAUCAAUGAUAUUCAUCUUUGAUCUUGCGAAGAACUAAAACUCUGGAAGCCGGGUGCACGUGGAAAAUUUUGUUAAAUCUGAGAAAUUGCAUGAGCCUAUGGCUAAUUAUGGAGCUUUCAACUCUCGCAUUCCAUUCUGUCAACUUCCUGACCCCACACCGUACUAUGAACUGCUGGAGACUAUUGGUGAAGGCACGUAUGGAGAGGUUUAUGUUGCGGAAUCCAAAGCAACCGGCUCAAAAGUCGCAAUUAAAAUACUGGAUAUUUCCAAUGAUAUCAUGGAAGAAAUUGAAGAGGAAUAUAUGAUCCUAAGCGAGUUUGGCGGCAGGCAUCUCAAUCUUCCAAAAUUUUUUGGCGCUUAUGUCAAGCCGGAUAUACAAACCGACCAGCUGUGGUUCGCUAUCGAACUCUGCUCCGGAGGAUCUGUAACUGAUCUCGUCAAAAAACUACUAGAAAAGCAUCGCAAACUGGAGGAGGAAAUAAUAGCGUAUAUUCUAAAGAAAACAUUACAAGGUCUGGAAUUCCUCCAUUCCCAUUAUGUAAUACAUCGCGAUAUAAAAGGACAAAACAUUUUAUUAACGGAUGAUGCUCAAGUAAAACUGGUAGAUUUCGGAGUGGCGGCACAUUUAAGGACGGCUGACGGCAGAAGGAAUACCAGUGUCGGUACACCGUAUUUUAUGGCGCCAGAGGUCAUUGCCUGCGAACAGCAACUUGAUAGUUCGUACGAUUGUCGUUCCGAUGUGUGGUCGGUGGGAAUAGUGGCCAUUGAACUGGCUGACGGAGAGCCUCCCAAUGCGAAUCUACAUCCGAUGCGCGCACUUUUCAAAAUUCCACGCAGCCCGCCACCAACCGUCAAAAAUCCGAAAGACUGGACACCAGUUUUUAUUGACUUCAUCAAGCAGUGUUUGAUAAAAGACUAUGACAAGCGGCCAACACCAAGAGAACUGUUAAAACAUCCAUUUAUUGCUCAAGCACCAUCCGACUGCGGACCGGUGCAGUACAAACUUCGCAAUUUGCUGGUCACACUUCAUGGUCGCAUGCAACCACGAAUGCCCUCACGAAUACCCAUUGCAACAACAAAAAGGGGAAAACUGAAAACCAAUCGAAAACUUAAACCCGAACACACAUACGGAGACGAUUUGGCUGCCCUGGAGAUUCUGGAUGAAAGUAUAAUUGUGGAUCAUCUGUAUAAUCGCUACAUCAAAGGCCAAAUUUACACCUAUGUUGGAGACAUACUGAUUGCCGUUAAUCCUUUUUGCGCACAGGAAAUCUACACCGACAACGUUAGAAAAGACUAUUUUGGGUGUGCCAAAGCUGACAAUCCACCUCACGUUUUUGGCAUAUCGGAUUCUGUUUAUCACUCUUUAUUGCAACUGGGGCAAAAUCAGUGCGUUGUGAUUAGCGGUGAAUCAGGAAGUGGAAAGACAGAAAAUGCUAAGCAUUUAAUACAACACCUUGCCAACCUUGGCCGCUCCGUUAAUAAGAAUCUCGAACAGAAAAUUCUAACCAUUAAUCCAAUAAUGGAAGCGUUUGGAAAUGCUAAAACCGGUAUUAACGACAAUUCCAGCCGUUUUGGAAAAUAUCUCGAAAUGCUCUUUGCUACCAACGGGAAAGUGAUUGGAGCCAAAUUGUCUGAGUAUUUGCUGGAGAAAGGGCGGGUAGUUUCUCAAGCCGCAUCGGAAAGAAACUUUCAUGUUUUGUAUUACAUCUACGACGGACUGGGUCGAAACGAAAAUCAACCAGAUGAUUCGUACCAUUUACGCCCAACACACCGGCAUCGGUAUCUGGGCGGUUACGCUGGCGACAACAUCUCCCUUGUGUCUGCUCACCGUGAGCAUUUCAUGGUCCUGCAUAAAAGUCUGAACACGCUGGGAUUCAAAAUGCAGGAUUUAACUUCGAUGUACCGAAUACUAGCAGCUGUAUUGCAUCUGGGAGAUGUCCAGUUCAUUACCAAAGAAGUCAAGCACAUGCCGGAUAAAAGUGUUGUGUCCAACUUGCCGACACUGGAAACAGUGGGUAAACUUCUGGGAGUGGAGAUAUCGGAGCUACGGGAUGCCUUGACAUCGGAAAUGGUCGUGACGCGAGGCGAGACCAUUUUGAAAUCCCAUACUGUCAGCGAAUCGCGCAACGUGCGAGACAGUCUUGCCAAAGCCUUAUAUGGACGGUUAUUCGACUGGAUUGUGAACAAAAUCAACCAACUGUUGAAUCCAAAUAAUACGGCUGAACACGAUGCUUUAACCAUCGGCAUCCUGGAUAUUUUUGGAUUUGAAAAUUUUGCACAGAAUUCCUUCGAGCAGCUCUGCAUCAACAUUACCAAUGAGCAGCUGCAAUAUUACUUCAACCACAGCGUAUUUACGUGGGAACAGAAGGAAUACGCAGAGGAAGGCCUAGACUGGAUACCCAUAAUGUUCUGUGAUAAUCGACCGAUUCUGGAUCUCUUUUUGUCCAAACCUGUGGGAUUGCUAGCACUUCUCGAUGAGGAGUCGCGGUUUCCCAAAGCAUCCGAUCACUCGUUAGCGGAAAAAUUUCAUCACAACGUUAAGUCGCCAUAUUAUCACCGCAAUAAAAUGGACGCCAUGCGAUUCAGCGUGGAGCACUACGCUGGAAAGAUCGAAUACGAUGUGCACGGCUUCCUAGAGAAAAACCGCGAUUAUCUGGCGACGGAUAUUAUUCAGCUAAUGCGAACGUCCGAAGUUCCAUUGCUGCGCACACUUUUCCAGAAUCCUUUGACCAAAACCGGCAAUUUGUACGAAGCCGUUGCCUUUUCGGAUCGGUCGGCCAUCAACGUGAACAACUCUUCAUCGAUAAAUGUUGUUGGUUCGGUUGGGUUAAUGCAUCCAAAAUUUAACGAACCAAAAAACAUGAACAACUACAACAAACGCCUACGCACACUGGCCAGCCAAACGCGUGCACAGCAAAGCCUGUCGACCUACUUCCGGUAUUCUUUAAUGGAUCUUCUCACCAAAAUUGUGUCAAGUACACCGCAUUUUAUCCGCUGCAUCAAGCCAAAUGAUCAGAAGCUGCCGAAUUUCUUUUGCACGGAAAAAGUGCGCCUGCAGUUGCUGUACACCGGCGUCCUGGAAACAGCCAGAAUUCGCCGAGAAGGCUUUGCGUUUCGAAUAGCGUUCUCGGAAUUUGUCAAAAGGUAUCACAUGUUGGUAUCCAAACAUGACGAAGACUACAGUCUAAGUGCAGCAACAUGCCGCAAAAUACUACAGCGACUACAUCUGGAAGGAUGGGCCAUCGGAAAAACAAAGGUCUUUUUGAAAUAUUACCACAUUGACCACUUGGCUAAAUUAAUCAAGCGCGUGCUGGACGCCGCCAUCGUGAUACAGUCCAGCGUACGGCGCUGGAUCGCUCGAAAACGGUACCUGGACUAUUUGUUAUUACGGCACCAUUGCGCCUCCGUUAUACAAAAAGCUUUUCGAGGAUGGCGCAUUCGCAAGCACUAUCGCGUCCUGUUGGAAGAAAAGCUAAUGCGUCGCAAUCAGGCUCGUCGGCAUAUGAGUCGCAAGCGACCAUGUAUUUCGCCCCCGACCAAUUACGUGGCCGAGGCGGAUUCGUCUGUUGAAUUUAUUAAAAACCAAAAACAGCAAAAGAAAGGCGUUCUGCCUCGAGGUCCCAAACGUCCACGGGAAUCAGUGGAGAACGCGUGGCCAAAAUCCAAUAUGGUCCAGUAUGUCGAACCAAAUUUCGCCGGCUGCGGACGAUCACUAAGCGAAGACAGCAGCGCCGGUAGGUUGACCUCAUUCCAGCAGACACCAUCACCGGCAGCGGAAGACACGGAAAACGCCCGCAGUAAACCAAAUACCCGCAAAGAAGCCGACGCCAGCAAACGGCCGCGCGUCCGCGACGUUAUUGCGGUAUUUGAGCGAAGCACCGUCCUUUCGGAUUCUGGAUCCGAGGGAAACCGCUCCCGAUCUCAAUCCUGGAAGAGAGACAUGAAGCCGGAUCACAGCAUCGAACGUCUGCAUCCGCAGCGUAAUCCUCUCAGAAAUUUAACCAAUCAACAUCCUCAACCAGUAUCCCCAGCGGAAGCACAGGUUGCGGAUCGAAAAAGCCGACAUAGCGCAAAAAAGGGGGAAUCUCGUCCACCGAAAACCUCACAAGUCCAGGCGAAUUCCAGACCAAACAACGAAAACAAUAAAAAUACCGCAGCAUCUAUUGCCACCAUCGAGGAAGUCAUAGAAACUGAAACCCAUAACGGAAAUCCAACCGAUUUCCGCAAAUUCCUGAAGAAAUCCAACUGGAAUCCCGGUCAGACGUUGUCCAAAAGCCAUGUACCCGUUGGCCAAGUAGAUUUCCGGGGAGUUUUACGCAAUAACCGAAAAUAAGCUUUCAAGUAUUAACGGAGAUGAACAGCCUUAUUUCCUUAACUGAACUUCUCCAUUGCACAGGUCAAGUUUAAUUUAUACUUUUCUCAUUUUCGGUAAACAUGUACGUAACAUGCUGAAAUAAAUGUUAACUCACACAAAAAGUGUUAAAAAAUUUAAACAGUCAAUACUGGCAGAGAUCUUUGGCAGAUGUCUAUAUGUUUGACAUCCAAACAUGCAUCCCCUCA